AUGUUCCAGAGCUGGACACUGCUGCUAGCAAAACAUUCUUCAAGUCCACUCCAAAGACUAUUGUGUGAAGCUGUUAGCAAAUUACCAGUGUUAGCAUUAUUCACUAAGGGGAAGCAGCAGGGCCUUUUCCAGAGCUGGUCUUUGAAGGAGGACUCAUCAGAGCCUUGCCUGACAACAACUACUAGGCUGCUUGUUGCCACACAACUUGCAUUACUCACCCAGGCCCAGCUACUAGUUAUUUUGCAGGAGCUGGACCUCACCCUUACAGAUCACAAAGCUUGGUAUGAAAGGUACAAAAAUGACAUACCAGUCUUUCAUUUGAAUGGUCAAUUUCUGAUGAAACACUGUGUGGAUAUAGAAAAAUUGGAGAAUCGGGUGUUGAAAAUAAAGUUGCAAGAUGGUAACUAGAAUUGAAAGAAAUGAGUGAAUUGC